AGCCCCGGCCCCGCCAUGUCCGUCGCGGCCGCGGCGGCCUCCCUCGUCGCCUCCACCUCGCUCUCCGUCCCCGACCACCUCCGCCUCCGCCGCACCCCGCCGCCGCUCCGCUUCCGCCGCCGACAGAGGGACCGCCUGGUCCUAUCCGUUCUCGAGGAGCAGGCCUCGUCCGGGCUCACCGAGGAGGAGGCCAGGAAGUUCGGGCUCAACGGGACCGCCGGCAGGGUCGGCUACGACGAUGCCGCCGUCGAGGCAUACCUCGCCUCCAACGGCAACGGCAACGGCAACGGCGCGACCGUGAAACCGGCCACCGUUUCCGUCGUAUCCGGCCCUGCGCCGGGGGAGGACGAGAGGCGGCGGAAGAAGAGGGUGGAGGAGAUCAGCAAGGAGGACGCCUGGUUCAAGCAGAGCAACGGGGACGACUUGCCCAAGGUGUCUGUUGUUCCUGGCGGUCGCUGGAACCGGUUUAAAACCUACUCCACGAUUCAAAGAACUUUGGAAAUAUGGGGCUCUGUUUUCUCAUUUAUAUUCAAGGUUUGGCUCAACAACCAGAAGUUCACUUAUCGAGGGGGGAUGACGGAAGAGAAAAGGAAAAUGAGGAGGAGAGUUCUCGCCAAGUGGCUGAAGGAGAGUAUUUUGAGAUUAGGCCCCACAUUUAUUAAAAUAGGGCAGCAAUUCUCCACCAGAGUAGACAUUCUUCCACAAGAAUAUGUGGAUCAAUUAUCUGAAUUGCAGGAUCAAGUCCCCCCAUUUCCUUCAGAGACAGCUGUAUCAACUAUUGAAGAAGAGUUGGGAGCAUCUGUAAAUGAGAUAUUUGAUCGAUUCGACUUUGAACCAAUAGCUGCUGCUAGCCUCGGCCAGGUUCAUCGGGCAAGCCUGAAUGGCCAAGAAGUUGUACUCAAAGUGCAAAGACCUGGUCUGAAAGAGCUGUUUGAUAUUGAUCUGAAGAACUUAAGGGUAAUAGCAGAGUACCUUCAGAAAGUGGAUCCCAAGUCAGAUGGUGCCAAAAGAGACUGGGUUGCUAUAUAUGACGAAUGUGCCAAUGUAUUAUAUCAGGAAAUUGACUACACCAAGGAAGCAUUUAAUGCUGAAAAGUUUGCUGAAAACUUCAAAAACAUGGAUUAUGUCAAGGUCCCAUCAAUUUACUGGGAGUAUACUACGCCUCAGGUUCUAACAAUGGAGUAUGUCCCAGGAAUCAAGAUAAAUAGGAUACAGCAGAUAGAUAAGUUAGGACUUGAUAGGAAAAGGUUAGGCCGGUAUGCUGUCGAGUCCUACCUUGAGCAGAUCUUAUCGCAUGGAUUUUUCCAUGCUGACCCGCAUCCUGGGAACAUUGCUGUUGAUGAUGCCAAUGGUGGGAGGCUUAUCUUCUAUGACUUCGGGAUGAUGGGAAGUAUUAGUCCAAAUAUCCGUGAAGGGUUGCUUGAAGUAUUUUAUGGAGUUUAUGAAAAGGAUCCGGAUAAAGUUCUUCAAGCAAUGGUUCAAAUGGGUGUCCUUGUUCCUACUGGAGAUAUGACAGCCGUGAGAAGAACAGCUCAAUUUUUUCUUGAUAGCUUUGAAGAGCGUCUAGCUGCACAAAGGAAAGAGAGAGAGAUGCAAACCGUGGAACCAGGAUUUAAAAAACAACUAUCUAAGGAAGAGAAGUUUGAAAAGAAGAAGCAGAGACUUGCAGCUAUAGGAGAGGAUCUUUUGGCAAUUGCUGCUGAUCAACCAUUUCGGUUUCCUGCCACCUUUACAUUUGUUGUCAGAGCAUUCUCAGUACUGGAUGGUAUUGGGAAAGGUCUAGAUCCCAGAUUUGAUAUUACAGAGAUUGCUAAGCCAUAUGCCAUGGAGCUACUCAGAUUUAAUGAAGCUGGUGUUGAAGUACUUGUUAAGGAUGCAAGGAAGAGAUGGGACAGGCAGUCCCGUGCAUUCUACAAUGUGUUUCGUCAACCUGACAGAGUUGAAAAGCUUGCACAGAUCAUUGAGCGUUUGGAGCAAGGUGAUCUGAAGCUUCGUGUCAGAGCAUUAGAAUCAGAAAGAUCAUUUCAAAGAGUUGCUGCUGUACAGAAAACAAUUGGAUAUGGAGUCGCUGCAGGCAGUUUGGUAAACCUCUCUACGAUUCUGCACCUCAAUUCGGUUCGGAUGCCAGCAACCAUUGGAUACUCUCUUUGCGCGUUCUUUGGUAUACAAAUCCUGCUUGGCCUUCUCAAGGUGAAGAAGCUGGACCAGCAGGAGAGACUGAUAACUGGCACUGCCUGAGUUCUUCAUCAAGCUGACCCUUUCUUUUUUCAGUGCCAUCCUUUUCGGUUCUCGUCCACCUUUUUUUUUUGCCCCUGUGCGAUUUUACCCCACGAGGUGAUGUAGCAUAGCCAUCAGUGUAUGAAUAUGAUAAUCUCUGUACAUGCGGCGUAAUAGAUAAAGAGAUGUACAUAGUGUAUAAUGGUAGGGUAAAUAUAAGCAGUAUAGCACAACUCGUGCACCCUGUAA